AAUCUCAAAAAGUCGAUUUACGUUUUGGGGUUUGGUUAAGGUUGAGGGGAGGCUUAUGGGCGAGCCACUUAGUUGGCCUUUGGACCCACACGCAACAAUCCCGUAGAGAUUUUAAAUGGCUUAGAGCAAGCAUGUCUAUGGCAGUCAAAUGGGUUUCAACUCAUCCUGGAGAUAAGAGAGUUAGGAUGGCAAUUUUCAUGUUCCUAUCAGAGGGAAGAUAAAAGCUGUGAACAACACAAGUACACAAGCUCAUAUCAAGACAAAAAUUAUAUGGAGGCUUAUUGUUGAUGAUUGGAAUAUUCUUGACCAAAUGUGCGUUAUGAAAUGGAGACUAUUUUGGGGUUAAAGUCAUGCUAGCUGUAAAUCUCUGAAACGGGUAUGUCUGAAUUGGCUCAAGACAUCAUUUACAUUAGUGGGUCAUCAUUAUCUUUGAGGAUUUUCUCUGGGUUUGUGUAAACUACAGGCAGUACAAUAGUUCAUCUGUGACAGGGCAAUGUACGCUCUUUGGGUUUAUGGGUUAUGCCUUGCAAGCCUUAGAGGAUCCACUGGAGAAAAGUAAAAUAAAAUGAAGGCAUAUUAAUUGGAUCCAUAUUGGAUUGGAGUCGGAUAAUUUGAGUCUAAAAUCUUGUAGCACAUUAGUGGUUGAGGCACUCAUGGAACCAAAGGUAGGGGAGAAAUAUAGACUUGGGCGCAAAAUUGGCAGCGGUUCAUUUGGGGAAAUAUAUCUUGGAACCAGCAUUCUGACAAAUGAGGAAGUUGGCAUUAAACUGGAAAGUGUGAAGACUAAGCAUCCUCAGCUAUUGUAUGAGUCCAAAGUGUAUAGAAUGCUGCAAGGUGGAGGAGUAGAAGGUGGAGUACCAAAUUUAAGAUGGUUUGGUGUUGAAGGUGAUUACAAUGUUAUGGUACUUGAUCUACUUGGGCCAAGCCUUGAAGACUUAUUCAAUUAUUGUAAUAGAAAGCUCUCCUUGAAGACUGUAUUAAUGCUUGCUGAUCAGCUUAUUAAAAGGAUCGAAUAUGUGCACAGCAAAAAUUUCCUUCACCGAGAUAUAAAGCCCGACAAUUUUCUCAUGGGUCUUGGACGGAAAGCAAAUCAGGUUUACAUGAUUGACUUUGGACUUGCGAAAAAGUAUCGUGAACCUACAACUCAUAAGCACAUCCCAUACAGGGAAAACAAAAACCUCACUGGCACUGCAAGGUAUGCCAGUAUAAAUACACAUCUUGGGAUUGAGCAAGGCAGGAGGGAUGAUCUAGAGUCGUUGGGAUACAUGCUGAUGUACUUCUUAAGAGGGAGCCUUCCAUGGCAGGGAUUGAAGGCUGGGACUAAAAAGCAAAAGUAUGAGAAAAUAAGUGAGAAAAAGAUGUCGACUCCGAUUGAGACAUUGUGCAAAUCUUACCCCAAGGAAUUUGCAUCAUAUUUCCAUUAUUGCCGGUCAUUGCGAUUUGAUGACAAGCCAGAUUAUGCUUAUCUGAAAGUUUUGUUUCGUGAACUCUUCAUUCGUGAGGGUUUUCAGUUUGAUUAUGUAUUUGACUGGACUAUUUUGAAGUAUCAACAAACCCAGAGUGCAGCAGAUCCUCGUCCUCAUCCUGCGCUUGUAGCCGGAAAAUUUGGCACAGGAGCUGGUACUCCAGACAGGGUUUCAGCUGGGCAUGAUGGUCGGGAGCGAAGGUCUGGAAGUGGUGAAGGGACUCAUCGAAGGUCCAAUGUAGUUAAUAAUUUUCUUCAAAGUGGGUCAGCAGAUCAUAAUAAAUACAAGAGUACAGGUCUAGAUGACCCUUCAACAUCGAAAGAAGUGGGCCCAGAAGCUGACCGUGCACGUUCUUCAUUUACGCGAGCUGGAAGUUUAUCUAGGAGGGCAGUUAUUUCAAGCAAGCCAACUGCAGCUGCUGAAAUUAGUGAACAGUCCCGUUCCCUAAGUAGAUUUGUUCCUAGGAGUCUUCGUUCUUCAAGUGCACAACGCAGUUCUAUGGCAACUACAUCGGAUUCAAGGAAGGUCCUUGGAACUCGGAAUCCAUCGAGGAAGAGCACGCAUGAGGAUUCACUCAGAAGUUUUAAGUUUCUCUCUAUAGAUUCAGGGCAGAGGCAGUGAUCAGUUGUUAUCAUUCUGAUUUGUCAUAAUUCAGGAAGUCCAUAAAGCGAGGCAUCUUUGAACAUGGUAAUUUCUUUUUAAGCCAAUUCUAUUGUCAUUAUGUAUAAUUGCAAUUUAUUCUUGGUGCAUCAGUUUAAAUCUCUUAUAAGAAGACAGCUGAAAAAUAAUCAUGGACUCGUCUUCAUUGUGUAAAGAAAAUUCUAGUAUCAUACUUCUGUUUCCAUGGAAGAGAGGGCAUAAAGCAUGAAAAGCAGGUUUAGCAGAUGUGAUCAACCAAGCAUUUUCUAUACAUGUUCUCUGUCUGUUGUUCCUUAUUCAAAAGGAUGUCAACUCAAGUGAGCAUGAAACAAAUUCCUUUUUCCUUUUGUACUUCAGUAAGCAUGCCUACCAAGCUGCAAUCUAGCAAAAGUUGUUACCUUCUAAUUUAGUAUCACAUUUAUAAGGGUCUAUUGUAGACACUCAAUUACUGCCGGUAUGGGCAGAAUUAAGAAAAAGUGCAUUGCCACCCUGUGGAACUGUUGGGCUGUUAAAAUCUGUUUGAUACCUUCUUCCUUUGAUGCUUGGUUACCAGUCCAUUUCCAUUUACUAGAAGAGAUCUUUAUGACCCGUUGAUGGGAAAAAUACCUUCCAUUUCCAUGCCUGUAAAAUAUUAAAAUACAAUCCUCUGGAGGCCCCUGGGUGCAUACCAGACAGUUGAGCUGCUGAAAGACAUGGACAAUGGUUGCAGGUUCAAACCCACUUUGCAAGCUGUGCUGAGUGUGGGGUAGCUCAGAUUGUUGCUGAUUUUAAAGCUUGCACCUGAAGUAUAAUGUGGUGCAUGGUUGCUGGGCUGCUGAUUCUCAUUAAACCAAAACCCAACCCAUUCCUCUCCCACUCCCUCCUCUGGAGAUCAUCUCUCCAGGUCUUGACACACUUUCAAAGGAGAACUGGCAAUUAAGGAUCAGCGAUUGAUACUUGCUUUUUCUGGGCUUUCACUUAGAGAAAGUUGUAGAACGUAAUUAAGCAAUGGUCUUUGCCCAUGGAAUCAUGCAGCCAAGGCUGUGGGUUGGUUUGGGAAAUCGCGUAAAUGAUUGACACAUAUUGUUUAUGCUUACCAUAUCUUCAAGUUUUCCCUUUUAAACCCAUGUUUCCAUGCUA